UUCCACUACUGUCUGCUUGUGCAUAAUCCACUGAGAAUUAAGUCAUGGAACUAAUUGAAUUAGAAUAAGAUCACAACUAUGCAACUAUGCAGGAUUUAUUAUUAUUUCAUAUUGUCUAUAAAUAUCAAUGCUAAGGUGCAAAAUAUCAUCAAACUUUUGAAAAAAAGAUAUUAAACGUCAGAAAAACAAGCAAAAUAUCCAAUUAAAAUGAGGAGCUCAGUAAGAAAUUAUCAUGAAAUAUCUACAAACACUAUAUUUUCACUAAUCUUGAUCACUUACAGUUUUGCUGGUUUUGCAAAAGCUGACCUUUAUCCAGGAUUCUAUAUGCAGUCGUGUCCCAUGGCGGAGUUUGUUGUCAAGGAUGAGGUACGACAAGCUUUUUACAGCGACAGGGGCUACGCUGCUGGUCUUGUAAGGCUGCACUUCCACGACUGUUUCGUUAGAGGAUGUGAUGGCUCGGUACUUCUUGAUUCAACUCCUGGAAACACUGCUGAGAAAGAUGCACCAGCUAAUUAUCCUAGUCUACGAGGGUUUGAUGUUAUCGACAAUGCAAAGGCCCGACUUGAAUAUUUGUGCCCUGGAGUUGUAUCGUGCUCUGAUAUAGUAGCCUAUGCCGCUAGGGAUAGUGUGGAAAUGACAGGAGGAGUUGGUUAUGAUGUUCCUGCAGGAAGAAGAGACGGCAGAGUCUCCCUAGCUUCAGACACCACCUUGAAUCUCCCUCCGGCUUACGGAGACGUUGAACUACUUACUCAAAUAUUUUCCAGCAAAGGAUUAACACAAGAAGAAAUGGUUAUACUAUCCGGGGCUCAUACAAUAGGCCGUGCUCACUGCACUUCGUUCAGUGACCGGCUGUACAGUUUCAACUCAGAAAGUGCACAAGAUCCCACUAUAUAUCCUGGUUAUGCAGCUCAGCUGAAACAACAGUGUCCACCAGGGACAGCCGGUGCUAACAUUGUAGUACCGAUGGACCCUAUUAGCCCCUCGAUUUCUGACACGGCUUAUUAUUGGAAUAUCCUUAAUAACCGUGGCUUGUUCACGUCCGAUCAGACUCUCGUGUCAGACUAUGCUACUGCAAACCUAGUGAACCAGUUUGCAAAUGAUCCUUACUCUUGGGGAAACAAAUUUGCUGAUGCUAUGGUGAAGAUGGGUCAGAUUGGUGUUCUCACUGGUCGACUAGGGGAAAUCCGAAAAAAUUGUAGGGCGGUUAACCAAAUUGAGAUAUAAAACUUUAAAGCUAAGCUAAUGUGAAAACACUUAAAAUGGCUAUUGUAAUGUGGCUUUACACCCAUACAUUUUGAUGAUUGUAAUUUGAUCUGGUUUAUACUAAUGACUAAUACUCCAACAGUUACUAGAUACAAAAUAAAA